AGUCUUGGAUCACAGCUUCUUUUUUUUAACUGAACGGAUUUGUUCUUUUGUUGUUUUCCUUCUUCGGAGUUUCUUAUCUGGUUGCGGAGGCGCCUGACCGGGUUACCUGAAGAUGGUGUGGCAUGCUGGUGUGAUCUGGCUCCAAGGCGAGCCGGUCGACAAGGGGAAAGUUCAGCUCCGCCUCGGGACAGCGGGAGAUAAACUCGACAGUGGUGUGAGAACGGAGCGGCUCACACCUGAAGCCCCAAAACAAUGAAUAGAGGUUUGUGCGAGGCCUGGACAAGCUGCCACUCUUCAGUGUUGGGGUCCCACAGAUGCACACAUCACCCUGCUGGAGUGGAGCAGACCGGAGCUCAUCUCACAGGGUUAUGUGUUCUUCUUCCAAGACCAGCGCUCGUACGAGAACUACCAGCACGAGUCCUUCAAAGGCCGAGUGGAGCUGAGAGACUCAUCCAUGAAAGACGGAGAUGUUUCUGCGAUUCUGAGAAACGUCAGCGUGAGCGAUACAGGAACAUACGAUUGUCAGAUCACAACCAGCAGCACCAGAAAUGGCGAGAGAGUCGUCAAAGAGUUCAAGCACUCCAUCAACCUCACAGUCACAGAGUCUGUUCAGAUAAACAUCACAGCUGGACAGAACGUCAUUCUGCCAUGUCGAGCUCCAAACAUCGACAGCAAUUCCAAGGCAGUUGUAGAGUGGAGCAGAGCUGACCUUGGAAAAGAUUAUGUUCUUUUGUAUCGGGAUGAGCAGCCUGAUCCAGAAGAGCAGCAUCCAUCUUUUAAGAACCGGGUGGAUCUGCAGGACAGACAGAUGAAGGAUGGAGACGUGUCUUUGAUUCUGAAGGAUGUCACGAUUAAUGACACUGGAACAUACGAGUGUCGUGUCUUCAGGAGAAGAACAAACCGCAGGAAGAGAACUGUCACAGGGCAAACAUACAGAAAAUACCUGGAGAGCAGCCACACAGAAACAUGA